AUGGGUCCGAAAAAGGGAGGCAGCGCCUCGAAGCAGAGAGGGAAUACGGCGGAGGAGGUAGAGGAAACUCUACAGGCUGUUGUCCUUGCGGAUACCUUCGAGACGAGAUUCGAACCGUUCACCCUUGAUACACCUCGGUGUCUCUUGCCUUUGGCAAACACCCCCUUGAUUGAAUAUACGCUCGAGUUUCUGGCCAAUGCAGGAGUGGAGGAUGUCUUCCUAUACGGCGGAGCUCACUCCGGCCAGCUGGAGAAGUACAUCAAUGCGUCGAAAUGGCGAUCGCUCUCCUCGCCCUUCAAACAGUUGAACUUCCUAAAAUCCACCUCUACGUCCGUCGGAGAUGUCAUGCGUGAUCUUGACGGAAAACACCUUAUCACCGGUGACUUUAUCGUCGUGAGCGGCGACGUGAUCAGCAACCUGCCCAUCGAGGGCGCCCUGGCCAAGCACCGUGCCCGUCGCGAGAAAGACAAGAACGCCAUCAUGACCAUGAUCCUGCGGGAAGCUGGCCGAAACCACCGCACGAAGUCCACCUCGGUGUCCCCCGUGUUCGUUGUGGACCCGACGAAAGACCGCUGUCUGCAUUACGAGGAAAUCGACCACCAUUCGUCGGAAUCGUCGCGUUUGAAUAUCGACUCGGAAAUCAUCCUGACGCACCGGGAGCUUGAUAUUCGCCAGGAUCUCAUCGACUGCAGCAUCGACAUUUGCACCCCCGACGUGCUGAGCCUGUGGUCUGAUAGUUUCGAUUACCAGACCCCGCGGAAGCAGUUCUUGUUUGGUGUUCUGAAGGAUUACGAGCUGAACGGAAAGACGAUCCACACGCAUAUCAUCAAGGACCACUACGCCGCCCGGGUGAGGAACUUGAAGGCCUACGAUGCCGUGAGCAAGGAUGUCAUUUCGAGAUGGGCGUACCCUCUGUGUCCCGACACGAAUCUGCUCGCCGGACAUACCUACGAUCUGCGGAAGGGAUACUUGUACCAGGAGCAGGGAGUAACAUUGGCUCGCUCGUGCGUUGUGGGUCGACGAACGGUCAUCGGGCAGGGCACAAGCAUUGGCGACAAGUCGACUGUCAAGAACACGGUUCUGGGGCGGAAUUGCAAGAUUGGCAAGAACGUCACUCUGGACGGUGCGUACAUCUGGGAUGGCGCGGUGAUCGGGGAUGGGACGACUGUUCGCCAAGCUGUUAUUGCCGACAAUGUGACCUUGGGCAAGGACUGCACGAUCGAGUCCGGCGUCCUUCUCUCGUAUGGGGUGAAGAUCGCCGACGGAACCACUGUCAGCGAAGGCAAGCGCAUCACGAAGGCUCCUAGGGAAGAAGAUGGAGUUGUGCCGGCCAGCGAUCCAGCGGUGGUUGGCAACGACGGAGAGGGUUACGAGUAUGUUCCCUACGAAGACGAGGACGAGUCUGAUGACGAAAGUAACGCUUCAUCUGGCUUGGUCUACAACAUGGCAAACCUUUCUCUCUCCACAGAGUCCAUCUCAACCCUAUCAUCCGAGAUCUCCGACUACGGCGGCUCCCGUUCAGGAGGCUACAGCGACUCCGACUCGGACAACGAAGACGAAGACCACUUCGUCCACGACGCCGCCGUCAGCGUCUACGACAGUCUACGCGAAGGCAUCACCUCCGACGUGGUUCAGCUCGAACUAGUCAGUCUCCGCAUGACGGCCAACGCCUCCGACAACCAAGUCCGCCGCGCCGUAGUAUCCGCAUUCAUGAAACGCAUCCCCCAGCUAAUGGAAAGCGGCCGGAGCCCCAACGACGCCAUCCAGGACAUCUUCGGCACGUAUCAGGAGAUCGUGGAACGUGCGCUGUUCGACCGCGACACGGACAAGAAACCCGACCAGGUGGAUCUCCUGCUCCUGCUGCAGCAGGACGUCGUGAGUCGGCCGCCGCCCGGGGAUACGUUCUUUGUGGUCCUGUGCAGUGCGCUGUAUCAGUUAGAGGUUUUGGAGGAGGAGGCGUUUGAGCAGUGGUGGGCUGAUGAGCGGUCCAGUGGUAGUGAGGAAAUGAAGGAGGUUAGGAACCAGGCGAAGAAGUUUAUUGAGUGGUUGGCUACUGCGGAUGAGGAGGGGAGUGAGAGUGAGGAGAGUGAUGAUGAGAAAACUGGCCGGUUACCACGCGAGGGCCGCGGACGGGAAGCCAGCGAGCUCACAAAACAGAUAUGCAAGAGGGUAGGAGAUAGUGCCUUCCGGCCGACAGUCUACAGACAGGAGGUGAUAGGAUACAAUAGGCCUAUGCCACAGGGCUGGGAUCGAGCGUGGAUCAAGAGGGCAAUGCCACCGGCAGCGAAGAAAUGGACUGAAAAACGCAAGAUAUGGGAGGCGGUCCUAGAGAGAUGGAAAGAAGAAGGGGAGGGGCUCCGUAGGAGCCCGUCCGAGACAGUCCGAGACAGACCAACCAAGGACCUGCUUAAGCUUCAGGUCGGUCUGCACAAGGCCGAGAGCUCUGUACUAACACAGCUCCGGACAGGCAAGGUAGGACCAGCAGCUUUCUUAUAUUACGCAAAGGUGCCAGGAUGGGACUCCCCGACGUGCCCUAAGUGCAACAAGGGGAAAGAAGACCCCAGGCACGUUAUUGCAUUCUGUAUGGCGUACCACGAGGCCAGACACGACCUGGAGAUACAAGGACGGAUAGACGUUGAGCAGCUGCUCACUACCCCUAAGGGGGUACAACGGGUAACAAGGUGGUGGAUACGGAAAGGAGUGGUUGACCAAUUCCGGCUGGCGAAUAGGUUGAUCGAGGGUUAA